CACCACUAUCUCCAUUCUCUCCCUUUCUCUCUCUACUAACAAAUUUUGAAUUUGAGUUUGUUGUAAGUUGUAACUGUCAUUUUCAUUCACGCUUAGCUUAAAAUUGAAUUCAACAAUGGCAGAGGAAGCUCCAAAGACAUCACCAUCACCACCACAAGAGGAAGCAGUGUUGCAUGUGGAACAAGUUAGGGUCACUGACGUUGACGAGAAAGAACACUCCACCACCGCCAUUGUUGAGAAUGAGAAGGAGACAGAGAAAGAGCAUGUUGUUGAAGAUGAAAAGAAAGAAGAAGAAGCUUCUGUAGCUGCAAAUGAAAAUAAUGCCGGCGAGGAUUCAAAAGCAUGUGAUGAUGAGAAGGUUCCAGAAUCAGGUUCGUUCAAGGAAGAGAGCACGAAGGUUUCUGAACUUGCUGAGACUGAGAAGAAGGCACUUCAAGAGCUCAAAACCCUAAUCCAAACUGCACUCAACAAUCGUGAAUUCUCUGCACCAAAAGAAGAAAAGCCUGCAGUUGAAUCUGAUGUAGCAGAAGAAAAGAAGAAGGAAGAAGAAGAAAAAGAAGCAGAGAAAAACCACCUAAUUGAGGAGAAAAAGGAUUCAUCAGAAGAAAAAGAAGCUGCAGCAGAAGUGAAAGAAGCAACAACAACAGCAGAAGCUUUAUCUUCUUCUGUGGAUGACGACGAAGCAAAAACCGUUGAGGCCAUUGAAGAAACCGUGGUGGCAGUUUCUUCCACAACUGAAGCUGAAGAACUAGCUCCAAAGAAGGAAGAAGAGUGUUCGCCAUUGUUGGCGCCAGAAGAAGUCUCAAUCUGGGGAGUGCCGCUCCUCGCCGACGAAAGAACAGACGUGAUCCUCUUGAAGUUCCUUCGCGCACGUGAUUUCAGGGUAAAAGAAGCGUUCACCAUGAUCAAGAACACGAUCAAGUGGCGAAAGGAGUUCAAGAUCGACGAAUUACUGGAACAAGAAGAAGAAGAUAAUAUUUUCAUUAAUACAAUGGAUUUUGAAAAGGCGGUAUACAUGCACGGAUACGACAAAGAAGGGCACCCCGUGUGUUACAACAUCUAUGGCGAGUUCCAGAACAAGGAGCUGUAUAAGAAGGCAUUCUCGGAUGAGGAGAAGAGGGAGAGGUUCUUGAAAUGGAGGAUUAGGUUACUUGAGAGGAGUAUUAGGAAGCUUGAUUUCUGGCCUGGUGGGAUAUCCACCAUUGUUCAGGUUAAUGAUCUCAAGAAUUCACCUGGUCCUGCUAAGUGGGAACUUAGACAAGCAACCAAACAGGCCGUUCAAUUGCUUCAAGAUAAUUACCCUGAAUUUGUUGCCAAACAGGUGUUUAUCAAUGUGCCAUGGUGGUACUUGGCAGUGAACAGGAUGAUAAGUCCAUUUCUGACACAGAGAACGAAGAGCAAGUUUGUGUUUGCUGGUCCUUCCAAAACAGCCGAGACCCUCUUAAGGUACAUUGCAGCUGAGCAACUUUCUGUGAAGUAUGGAGGACUAAGUAAAGAUGGGGAAUUCGGAAAUAACGAUGCUGUUACCGAGAUAACUGUGAGACCAGCUGCUAAACAUUCUGUGGAGUUUCCAGUUACUGAGAAUUGUGUAUUGUCUUGGGAGAUGAGAGUAAUAGGGUGGGAUAUAAGUUAUGGUGCUGAAUUUGUGCCAAACUCAGAAGGAAGCUACACAGUAAUAAUUCAAAAAGCUAGAAAGGUUGCACCAUCAGAAGAACCUGUUCUUUGCAACAGUUUCAAGAUUGGUGAACCUGGCAAAGUGGUUCUCACCAUUGAAAAUCAAAGCUCCAAGAAGAAGAAGCUCUUGUACCGCUUGAAGACCAAACCCGAGUGAGAACAAACUUUUCAGCUCUUUAUAUGAAUAGGAAAAGUGCUACUUUCAUUUUGAUCAUUAUUAUUUUUACUAUUAUUAAUUAUGUGUUCUUCUUUUCCCUUUUUUCAUUAUUACUAUUAUUGGAGGGCAUCUUUUUGUUUUUUGAAUUCUUGUUAUUCACAUUGAUGGAGAGACAUAUAUUAAUUACAUGUGUAAAUUUCAUUUUAAUUAUUUUGUAAA